AGGGUUAAAAAAUCACCCCCCCCACACACCCCUUUUCCCCGCCAGCGGAGCUGGGUGCCGAGGACAGACGUCCCAGCGGAGAAUUCGCUAAGGAGCCGUUCCAGGGGCUGGCUUCCCCGGCCUGGAGGAGCGUCUGAGCUGCGGAGAGUCGCCCAGGCUCGAGGGAGCGCAGCCAGGAAGCUGCCCCGUCCGGCCCAGGGGGUGCUGGAGCAAGGGAUGGCUCAGCCUGCCUAGGCGAGCCCAAGGCAGGGCAGAUCUCUCCAGCCGGGCUCUUUCUGCGGGACAGCUCAGCGCCUCGGGCAGACCAUGAACCUGGUGGGGAGCUACCAGCACCAUCUGCUCCACGAGCCCUUCCUCUUCAGCCCGGCCUCCAGGUGCCACCCGGAGCGCUCCUACUUCCAGAGCUGGGUGCUCAACCCGGCCGAGGUGUCCCCCGACCUCUCCGGGCAGCCCUCCUCCUACACCAGCGCCGAGUUCGGGGCGCCGGGGCCCGGCCACGGGCCCAGCCGGCUGGAGGCGCUGAGCGGCCGGCUGGGCCGGCGGAAAGGCGUGGGUCCCAAGAAGGAGCGCCGGAGGACAGAGAGCAUCAACAGCGCCUUCGCCGAGCUGCGGGAGUGCAUCCCCAACGUGCCGGCCGACACCAAGCUCUCCAAGAUCAAGACCCUGCGCCUCGCCACCAGCUACAUCGCCUACCUGAUGGAGGUGCUGGCCAAGGACAGCCAGGCCGGGGAGACCGAGGGCUUCAAGGCGGAGCUCAAGAAAACCGACAGCCGGGAGAGCAAGCGGAAAAGGGAGCCGCCGCCUGAAGUCUACUCUCAUUCCUUAGGCCAUGGGGAGAAAAAGCUUAAAGGCAGGACUGGCUGGCCACAGCAGGUCUGGGCUCUGGAGUUAAAUCAGUGAGAAGAGAGACACAGAUCGAAGACUGAACUCAUUUUUAACACAGAUUCAGAAGAUUCCCCCCCCCCCACCCCCCAGCACUCUUCAGGCUGGGAGUGUAACCCAAUCGCUCUUAUCAUGUGCAAUGUUGAAGAAGGAAAAAGGGUUGGAGAUGGGGAGAAAUCCAGGAGGGGGGAAUGUGAAGAACUGGGCAGGAGGAAAAGAACUCGUGAGAAACAGGGUGACUCUAGUGUAAACGAAACACGCUCUGCUUCUUCUAAAUGCUCCGGAAUUGGAAUCGCUUCCCUACCUUAUUUUUCCAGUGGCCUUAAUUUUCUCCUCGCCGAAGGCAUCCCCUGGCCUCUUUCUCCUUUCUCCAUCCAAAUGAAACGGAUGCAAUAUGGAUUCUCAGCAGAAACACAAAUAAAACCGGUAGGCAGGAUCCUGUUCUCCCUGGGCAAUACGGGGCAGAUUCUGAUCUUGGUGGACAUGCAGAGGCACUAAGAUCAGGAUGUAGCCCUGUGAGGUGAGUGCAGGCAGGAUCGGGACCUAUUGCAGAGAGCGCUGCUUGAAUCGAAUGAGCCCUGAACUCUUUUUUUUUGUUGUUGUUGUUGUAACCUUUCAAGUUCAUUUAUUUUGUAACCAGUGUUUGGUUGGCUCCUGCCCUUCCGCCCAACAGUCUGAGGGAAACACCUUGUUUUUAUUUUUGUAAAUACAACCCCCACGUUGUUGAAAUGUGUUGAUGUAUUUAAACUACCUAACGCAUUUGGGAAGUUUCCUGUGCCAGGUUUUCUACCUCAAAUUUGUAUGACCACUUGCCGAGAAAACAGGUUCGCCAAGCCAACUAUUUAUGUGGAUUAAAAAAAAAAAGAAAUAAAA